AUGCAUGAUCGGCAGCAGCCCGAGGGCCUCGAGGAAACGGAUCGGCUUAUCGGGAGUUUCAUGAAGACGCGCAAAUGGCGAAAAAUUGUGGAUAUCGGGCAAGAGAUGAUCCCUGCGCACCGUACACGGUAUCUGUGGGCUUGGCCAUUGGAGCAGGACGUCGAAAAAAUGGGUCAAGUGCUCGAUCGGUUCAUGGUCAGAUCAAUCACCAGCAUUGGCUGUGGAACUGGAUUACUUGAGUGGAUUAUCAGUUGUGCUUUCGGUGCAAUUAGCUUCAUUGGAAUCGAGGUCGACGAAGACUGGUGGAGCUCCAGAUACGCACCGACCAGCUACAUCCCGUUGACGUUUGUCGAGAACAGUAGCGGCGGCAGUAAGGUCGUGGGGGUCAUAGAACGAUUGAAAAUUCCCCGGACUGAUGCUCUCUUGUUUUGCUACUUCAACAAUGGCGAUGCUUUCGACCAAUACGUUCAAUCGUUCGAGGGCAGUUUCGUGAUUAUCGUUGGUCCUCGGUGCGAUCGAGGCGUGCACACGAAUCCAUUACCGAUGGCACCGGGCGAUGCGUUCGUCCGUCGGUGGCACUUGGUAGAGCAUUUUAAUGUUGGAAGUGAGGAUAUCAAUUGUGUGGCGUUGUAUAAACGAUCUAAAAGUGAAUAA